AUGAACAAUGUUUACUCAGAAGCAAAGAGGAAAAGGCAAGAAGGGCAGGGAGACUGGCUAGAUGGAAAUGGGGUAGGUGGAGUGGAUAUGGUUAAAACUUUGGAAGAUGCAGAGAUGAACAAGACAUGGAUGGCUCCUGCUACCAAGAAAAGGCUUGAUAGUUUUUCCAGCAAGGCAUAUCUUUGCUUAAAAUUUGUAAAAGCUGUUUAUAGUAAAAUAGAAAAUGAUGACAAGACAAAAACCCAUCAAGCUCAUUUUGAAGAGUUAACAGUAGCAGAAUUUCACAAGAAAAUCAAAGAAGCUUUUGAAGUGUUUGACCAUGAGUCUAAUAAUACAGUGGAUGUGAGAGAGAUUGGAACAAUUAUCAGGUCGUUAGGAUGCUGCCCCAGUGAAGGAGAGCUACAUGACCUGAUUGCAGAGGUAGAAGAAGAAGAACCCACUGGAUACAUUCGGUUAGAAAAAUUUCUUCCAGUGAUGACUGAAGUACUAUUGGAAAGAAGAUACAGACCAAUUCCAGAAGAUGUCCUUCUUCAUGCUUUUGAGGUAUUAGAUCCAGCUAAACGUGGGUUUCUCACUAAGGAGGAACUGAUCAAGUAUAUGACUGAAGAAGGUGAGCCUUUUUCUCAAGAGGAAAUGGAAGAAAUGCUGUCUGCUGCAAUUGAUCCAGAAUCAAAUUCAAUUCAUUACAAGGACUAUAUAACAAUGAUGGUGGUAGAUGAAAAUUAAACACUCUGAAGACUUAAUUUCUAAUUCAAAGCACAAUUUUAAAAAUUUGCUUUGUCUUUGUGGGUUUUACAUUUUAUCUUGUAAUUCCUACAUCUGAUAAUUAAUACCUUUCAACAUAAACUAUUUCAAGGUACUUUGUUUUUUAGAAUGAUUAUAACAAUUUAAAGCA